AGAAACAACUACAAGUUCAGUACCUGUAAAAUGAAAUUGGCUCUGGCUUUAUUGGCUCUGACCGCGGUCACAUCCGCGAGGAACAUCAACCUCGAAGAUGUCAUCGAUCUCGAGGACAUCACUGCGUACGGUUACUUGACUAAAAUCGGUCAGCCGUUAUUGGAAAGGAUUCGUAAAGCUGAGGAAGAGGAAGAUGUUCAGUCCAGAAUCGUCGGUGGUUCGACAUCGUCCCUAGGACAGUUCCCUUACCAGGCUGGACUUGUCAUUACCUUACCAUCCGGUCAGGCUGUGUGUGGUGGUUCUUUGCUCAACAACAGACGUGUACUUACCGCCGCCCAUUGCUGGUUUGAUGGUAGGAACCAGGCCAGACAAUUCACAGUUGUACUUGGAUCCGUCCGUCUGUUCUCUGGUGGUACCAGGCAGACUACUAGUAACGUGGUCAUGCACGGAAGCUGGAACCCGACUCUUAUUCGCAACGACAUUGCCCUCAUCAACUUGCCGAGCAACGUAGGUUUUAACAAUAACAUUCGUCCUAUUGCUCUGCCUUCUGGUUCUCAGCUUAAUGAAAACUUUGCCGGAAGCAACGCCGUUGCAUCUGGAUUUGGUCUAACCAGAGACGGUGGUAGCAUUUCCAGCAGCCAGUCCCUGAGCCACGUAACGCUUCCAGUGAUCACCAACAACGUGUGUCGCAGCUCUUUGAUAAUUAUUCAGUCUUCCAAUAUUUGCACCAGCGGCGCCAACGGCAGGAGCACUUGCAGCGGUGACUCUGGUGGUCCCCUCGUUAUUACCAGAAACAACAAUCCUCUUUUGAUUGGUGUGACUUCCUUCGGAUCUGACCGCGGUUGUCAGGUUGGUUCCCCUGCCGCCUAUGCUCGAGUUACCUCGUUCGUCUCCUGGAUCAACAGCCGCCUUUGAAGUGUUACAAAAUAUCUGUGAAAUGAAAAACAAUAUUAAAAUAAUUAUGGCAUCCGA